AUGGACUUCAUGGCCAACGGUCUCCUCGCACUCGGGGCCUCACCUGCCAUGGUCCAUGCAGUGGAGGAGCUCGAGUCAGCAAUCGAAGUCGUUGCGGCGAUAAAGGGCGCAGUCUCUAUCAACAUUGGAACGCUGGAUCCAACUUGGAUAGAGUCCUUCAAGUUUGCAGCAAGGACCUGCAAGGCCAAGGGAGUGCCGUGGGUCCUGGACCCGGUGGCUGCAGGAUUCACACCCCUCAGGACUACCACGGCCACGGAGCUCUUAGACAUCGGAGGGUGCUCGGUGCUCCGUGGCAACGCUUCGGAGAUCCUAGCCGUCGCCGGUGCAGCGGGAGACACCAAGGGCGUGGACUCCUCACAAGGCUCGGGUGCCGCUCUGAAGGCUGCCAAGAGCUUGGCGGCCAAGUACAACUGCGUCGUCUGCAUCUCUGGUGCCGUUGACUUCGUGGUCAAUCCCACCGGACAAGUCUCGAGUUGCGAGCAUGGGGUAGAGAUGCUGACGAAGAUCACGGCCGCCGGCUGCCUCGUCUCUUCGAUCAUCGCAGCCUUCCUGGCGGCCAAGCCAAGCGGCUUUGCGGACGCGGAGGCAGCUCUGUACGCGUUCAUCUACUUCGGCAUUUGCUCAGAGGCUGCAUGGCAUGGAGUGGCUUUGAGUGCCUUUUCAACCCCAGACAAGGAGGGGGGUCACAUUCCCGCGAAAGAGUCUGCCUCGGCCGAGGCAGCGAGUCAGACCAGCAAAGGGCCGGGUUCGCUCAGGCUGAACUUGCUCCUUGGCACGGAGAUGAAAAAGGCAGAGCAGCAGAGAGGGGCCUCUCUUUGGCAGCUAGCGGCACUCUUGCUACUCUUGCUCUUCACAGGCUUGACCAGCUGUACAAUUUUGACCUGGAGCAGUUGGGUGACGAUGAUUGAGCCGCUGCCACUGCAGUCUCCGCAGGGUUCCAGUUCUCACUACACUUUGAGCCACGGAGCGAACAUGGAGGUCUUUGUCAAACAGGAUCCAAGCGGUGAAAGCUCCGAGUAUCUUCGUGUUCUGCAGUCUUCCGUGGCACAGGACGUUGCCUCUGACAUGCCGAUGGCUUCGACGUAUCGGCACGGCUCCUACAAGCGCUCGUGGGUCCUGGGUCACGCAGAUCUGAACGCUACGAGGUACCACGCAUCUGCAGACGACGUGGGCAUGCAGAUUAUCUGCCUCGCGGAGGCCGAGCAGAAUCGCAGUGCCUUUGGUGUUGCCCAGUCCUGCAUCGGGCCCUUCGAGUUGGAUCCCAUCACUCGCAUGAGUCUGGAGAACAUCGUUUCCUCCGGGGCAAGCCGCUUUCCGGUGCGACACUUCAGGGACCAGAACGAUCCGCAUCCGCGCGAUCUGCAGAUCCAUGUAACGCAGGACCACGUGAAAGUCGUGCAUCCCGGAGCCGAGAGAGGAAGCAAUGAGGUCAUGGCGCCUUAUUCUGCCGACUUCCCCAAGGUGAUCAUCCAUCCAACCGACACUUGCAAGUUCCGGCUGGAGCUCAGCGAAGAGCAGGACAAAGUCUUCCACUUCGUGGCCUUGUCCAGGACGUCUCGGGAUCUGAUCGCGCUGCUCAUCAGAACGUUUCAUGCUCGACAGUAUGUGGCGACGUCCUUCGUGCUGAGUAGGCUUUAUCAAGAUCCCGCACGGCCAGGAGCUCCGUUGACGACGGCACUCAUGCAGGACUUCGACCUGCAGCGGCUUGGAGACCGGCUCGGGAAGGAGCUGGACCGAACCGUCGGUCAGCUGGAAGCAGUCGAGAGGGUGGUCCGCACCUCCAACAACGAGAAGAGGGAGCUGCAGGCUCAGCUGUCCGAGACGAUCGGAAGCUACACGGAGGCUAUCGAGCAACUCCAUCAGCAGCUGGCGCCGGCUGCCAAGGGUGGAAUGGUAGCUGCUCUGCAGCUUCAGAUUCACGACGGCCGUGCCUUGCACAGCAAGCUACAGCUGGAACUCCAGGAGCUGAGGCAGCGGCUGGACGAAGAGCAGCGAGCGACAGGCCCCUACGGCAGCGACGGCCCGGCCGCGCAGAUGCGGGCACGGACUGUGGAGACCUAUCGGGCUGAGAUCGCUAAGCUGCGGGCACAAAUCAGUGCACUUGCAGGGAGCGAGAAGCAGCACUCCGAACGGGACUCCACGCGGGCGGAGGAGCUCCGAAGGUUACGGGGUGACGUCGAUAGCCUUAGCCGCGAAAAGGAGGGCCUGGAACGCAUGGUCGCAGAGGGUGGCAAGUCCAAAGACGAGCUGAUCGAGAACUUCUUGUAUGCCAAGGGCUGCCUCGACAAGCUGCAGAUUGCCUCCAUCACCUCGCCAGCCUGCUCUCCAGAACACGAGCGCCAGGUGGCGCAACUGCGGGAGACAUACAACCAGGUGGUCGAUGAACGAAACCGGCUGAUGGUCCGGGUCGAGGCUCUGGACAAAGACCGGGAGAAGCAGAAGCAGUUUCGGGAGUCCACCCUUGAGAAGGCUACCCAGGCGAAUGCCAGGUUGCUGGAAGAGCGGGACAAGCUUGAGAAGGAGAAGGCACGAGUGUCGACUCUCUACCAGCAGACCAUGGCCAUGCUCGCCCAUUCCGCUGCAAAUGCGGAUUACGAGGAGGAGGACGAAGCCGUGCUCCAGGCUUUGCGAGAAGAGGUCGCGAAGAAGCGCGAGCUCCUUCAGAAGAAGGAGCAAGAAGGGGAGUCGCUGCGCCAGCGUCUCAAGAAGCUCGCUAUGGUGUAG